CCCACCGCGGUGCAGCUCCAGUCCAAUGGAGACCCUAGCGCGACUUGCUCUGCGGUGCGGUGGAGGCGGUGGUCUCUGCACCCCUCCCGGUAUGGCUGGGGAAUUGCUUGGCCCCCAUCCCCGCCUCGGUUCCAUGGAAACCCCCGUGCAGCCCUCGCUCUGGAGGGGGGUGGUCUCUGGAGUUACCCAGGAUGGAUGGGGAGCCCCUAUGUGACCCCCAUCCCUGACUCAGUGCAGAGCGCACCCCGUCCCCCUGCAGUGGGGGGUGGGGGAUCGUGCUAUUCUUAUGCCUUUUGGGGAGGGACUCUGAGCUCUUGCUCCCCCCGCUGUGGCUGAGGAACCCAUCAGCCUGACCCUCAUUCCCACCCUGCUUCUAUGGAGACCCCAGUGAGAUCCUUGCCCCUGUUGCGGGAGGUCUUUGGGCCCCCCUGCGAUGGAUGGGGAGCCCCAGCCUGACCCCCAUCCGUGGUGUGGGUUGGCACAGGGAGGCACGGGAGGCAGCCCUCUGGGGGACUGUGGCUGGCUGUGUCCCCCAGCCAUGUCAGUGCCUGGGCACAGGCUGGGCCCGGAGUUCAUGGCUCCUGGGAGGCCCUGGAGCGCUCAGCCCAGCCAGGCCUGUCCUUGCUGAGGGGCUGUGCAGUGGCAGCAAACAGCCCUGGCCUUUCUGCCCCAAGCUCUGCCCGGGCUCGGCUCUCCCUGUGUCCCCAGGGGCUCAGCCUUUAUGGUGUCACCACACGCAGGAGCAAAGUCUGUAGGGUUCAGCAGCUGCUUCUCAGUGAACUGGACAAUCUUUGCAACAGCCUUCCCCCUGUGUGUGGGGGAGUCUGGGGCCUCCUCGAGGCCUGAUGGGUGUGUGUAUCCGUGGACACCAUGUGCUGCUCUCAAAGAUCUGGCCCCAUGAGAGAAAGGUGCAGCCCCACGGGGCUGAAGCUGCCUGGAGCUGCUGCGGGAGGCCCCAAUCUGCUGAAGCCUCCCCAUGUGGGUAGUGUAGCCAACAAGGUGCCCUGGGGAGCAUCAAGUACAUCCUGUGUGUUUCACAGAGGUGAAGGCAGGCCUGGUGGGGCAGGGAGCUGGCUGUGGUGUGUGCCUGGCAUGGGAAAAGGCCCUGGCAGUCAGACAUGCUGGUGUGGGCAGAGGCAGCGCUGGACGUGGUCUGUGUCAGGUGAUGGUGGGGGAUAGGAUUUUCAGCUGAGGGCUGAGGGAUGGUUCCUGGAGUCUCAUUUUUUGAGGAUGAGUGCUGCUUCAUUUGUGCUCUCCUCUUCUGCUGUGCUUCCAGGUAUGGCUAUUGUUCUAGACUGUAACUUCUUCUUUCCCUUUCAUUUCAGCUGCAAUCCCCAAGAAAACUUUUAAUUUGCGUUUUCUUACCUAACCCUGUCUAACCUGGGAUCAAAGCUAGUGAUAAGAGCAUAGCCCUGUUGUUAUUGUGAGCUCAGUUUUAUUAAAGGAAUAUCCACAGCCUACAGAGAGACCUGUAAUGACUAACCUGAGCCUCUCAGCUCCAUAGUGCAUAUUUACACAACCUGUUUUUCUCUCUGCUCACAUCCCUCUCACUGUGAGUGCCCUUGCUUUGGAGGAUGACAGUAACACCAGAUUCUUCCACAUCUCUGGCAGCUAGAGCAAGGACCUAGGCUGAGCUCAUUGCUUCACUAAGGUGGCAAAGCCCCUUGUAUCGUAUCUUUAUGGAUGUCUUGUGGUCAGUGAUGCUGGGAUGUACAACUGUGAUGGACGCAGAUGUGCUGGCAGAAGCCUUGGUGCAAAAGGGUUGUGGUCAAAGCAGUCUAAGGGAAGUAUGGAAUAGGCUAUAGCUGUGACAACACGUUUGUUAGUUUAGCAAAGGCAGUGCUAGCAGGAUUUGACUGGAUUUGUGUUUUAGUCUCAGUAGAGUGUUUUAUUAACUUCUUCCUCACCUUCAUCUCACCUCACCUCAACUUCUUCGUCACCUCUGCUGAUGGUACAUGUCAGGAAAUGGCAGUGUUUGAGACCAUCCUGACCAGUCCUGCUGGCUGUGGGCUCUGGUGCUGUCUCCUGGCCACUUGCUGUGAGCCUGCUCUGCUGGCCCAGCCCUGGGCAGCCCAAUGGGAGAGGAGUUGGUCUCUAGAUGGGGUGAAAUACUGUUCAGCACAGCCUUACCCAGGGCCAGUUUGAACAGCUGCAUGUGAGGUGUGUCCUCCCAGAGCUGAGAUCCCUUUCCAGCACCUUGCAGAGGGAUCUGGGACGGUCAGUGAAGCAGAGGAGACAGCUCACACUGUGUUUCCAGUAUUUUGGCUCUGCAAGGCCUCUUAAGGAGAAUGACAUGUUUUGCCCUCAAAGAUACAUCCUCUCAGAGACCCUGCCCUGCCUCUUCUCUCUCUUUCCUGUGCAGUAAGGUUUAUUCACAGAACCACAGACAGAUUUGGGUUGUAAGUGACCUCUAGAAGUGUCUGGUCCAACUGACCUCCUGCUCACAGCAAAGCUGACUCGAGGUCUUGUUGUUCAGGGCUUUGUCCAGUUGGGUUUUGAGGUCCUCCAGGGGGUCUGUGGCCUAUUCCCAGGCUGCAGCACUCCUCUGGAGAGUCACAGGCUGUCCAUGCAGCUGUCCUCUCCAGCUGUCUGUACCUGCCAGAACACUUUGUUAGGUGUUCUGUUGCCUUCCUGCAGCAUUUGGGCAACAGGUAGAGAGACCUGAUGACCAUCUGUUUUUUACCACUUCCAAGUCUUCUACUUUUUUUAAUCAUUAUCUUGAUAUCAUUAAGGUAGUUUGGACACACACUGCUCAAGCAUGCUGUACCUCUGAGCCUUUUUUGUUGUGCUUCUGAUAGUACUUCCAAAGCUUUUAUGCCCACUCACCCCCUUCCAUUGUGUUUAACACUAUUUUGGAGAUACAUACCAGGAGAAUUUUCUCUUGGACUUGAUCGCUGAGUGGAGUUGGUUCUUGAAGCUGAAUUGCUCUCCAGAUAGCAUUGCUGCUAAGGGUGUACUUACACUUGUUAGUCCUUUCUAUCUUGCAAUACCUUGACACUCAGUGCUUUGGGAGAUCCUGGUCUUACAAGAUGUGAAGGGAUCCAAGCCAUUUCAAACUGCUGCCAGGAUGGCAUUCUGACUGGAUGAGGAUGUUCCUGUUGCCUGUCUUAGCCUUUACUGCUAUGGAUAGCAGCAGAUAAUGCUGAGAUUGAGGAAUGUUGUCAGUUAUAUUUGAAGUGUUGCAGGGAGUCUCCUGAUAAACCUGAUCCAGGCAAUUCUAUGAGAUCUCUGAAAUUUGUCCUUCUUGUACUUUCUUGAAACUGAAGUGAAGUUUCUGGAAUGCAAUCUCAGAAUCCAGUUUGGUCAUUCCUGCCCUUGAGGAAUUUACAGGAGACUCGUGGUUGUGUUUUGCAGCACCAGCUGUUCAGUACUGAAGGAUUUAGGCUUUCUGGGUUCAGGGUGACUGUGCUACUACAUUUGAGGCCUGCAGCCCCGAGAUGAGGCUCCAACUGUAGUAAAAUCUGGUGGUGGUCUUCUUUCCUGGCUUUGGAACUAUAAAAAAACAAUUGGUGGAGUCUCAAUGCUGCUGGUGAAAUUCUGGAAAGGCCCUUUUGUUUCCUAUGUACCAGUUACUGUUGUGUAGACAGUCCCAGUCACACGUGAAGACUGGCCUGAAGGGGAUGUGGUGAAAGCUGCUGCAGUUUGCACUGACUGAGAACCAAUAGUACAUUUGGAGGUGAGACAACAUCCACCAAACCCUGCCUGCAAAGCACAAGGACUUGAGCAGUGACAUCUGCAGGAGCUGUGGCUGAUUUGGAGUGAGUCACUGCAUGUAAAACCUCCAAGUCACAGAGGGCUUACAGAUCCAUGGUCAGUUGUUUAAUCAUGUGUUUAUGAGCUUGUCCAGCUUUGAUUUCCAGCUUUUUGUGUCCUUGUGUGCACCUGUCUGUAUCUCUAAGGAGUCAUCUGCUGUAGAUCUUCGUGAUUUUUUUGAGAGGGGUCAUGUCCCACCACCAUUUCCUUUUAGUGAACAAAAUAGGUUUAGCAUUGGAGGGUGUUUUCCAAAGCAUGGCUGUUCAUAAAGCAGUGGGAUUCUUGUGUUAGUGUGUCAGAUUUUUUUUUUUUAUUUGAAACAUCUCAACUCUUCCAAUAACUGUUAUCAAUUGUAGACAGUAGCCAAGAAUGAGACAGUGAUGUUGUAACAGUGAUGGUGUAACAUGGCACUGUGCAAGUAGCACUUGAAUGUCACCAAGUGGGGUUUGUGCUCUUUGAAGACUGAGUUUGCAGCUCAGAGAGCUGCCUUUCCAAAAACACUAGUAAACAGCAAAAUCUUUUCAGCUCCUUUAUGGAGAAUUUGAACAGGACUGAAGCAUGGUCCAUAGUAGUGUGCUUAGUUUGCUGGUGAUAUUUUGUAAAUUCAUUUGUGUUUGAGUUAGCCAAUACGUAAUAAAGGUUUGCAGUGCUUGCAUUUAGAAUGCUAACAGCUGUCCAGAUAAACUCAGAUAAAUCACAGCAGAGUAGUUUGCUUCUGCUGUACUCACCACUCAAAGCAUAAUAUUGUUAAUGAAGCUAUGUUGACUGAAACCAUGCUGGUAGGACAUGAUAUUACUUUCUUAAUUUCUUAAUUUUAUUGAUUGAACUGGGUAUUGACACUGUUGUUUCUGUUGAGAAAUACUAUCUGGAGUGUUUCUGUUUAUUAAAAAAAUUUGGCACAAAAAAAUAGAAGCUUCUUCCAGAACUCAUCUUAGGUCUUGUAGACCUUGCAGAUGGGAGGUGGCUGAAAUGUUGACUUAAGUGUCUUUUGUAGUUACUAGUUAAUUAUUUUCAUAUUUCAAAGGAUCUCUAAUAGAGAAAAAGAUAAUCCUUCAGCCUUCAAAAGUAUUGAAAAUCUGAAUACACAUCCAUGAACAGAAGUCCAGGGCAGAUACUCAAGCAGUUGCUGUUCCUUUGCUAGAGGAAAGCAGUAACUAUAAGGCUGUGGGAUUUUCUGUGGGCUGUAAAGACUUCUGAGAUGUUCUCUUCAUUGGAAGGGAGUAGCAACCACAUUUUUUCUUGCUGUCUGUUUUUAAUUAAAUGUUUGAUGGUGGAUCCUCAUUUCUGUAGGUAGGCCACAUAUUCCCCUGCUAAUGGUUACCUGAGUUACAGCACCACUGAUGUUUCUAAUAAGCUGGAUAAAGUCCCAGGUAGUCACUUGGAUGUGCUUAAGUGUCCUGGCAGAGAUGUUGCACUUUGAGCUUCCAGAUCUGAGAGAAGAUCCCACGUGCCCCUCUUUGGCAGAAAGAGCUGGGCUGGGCUGGUAGUCACAGGUAUUGGGUUUGGCAAUCGGUGUUGUGUUCUGUGCCAGUCCUGCACACUUGGGGAGGACCCUCAGCUGUCCCAUCACUUCUUUGGAAAUGCUUACUUGCUACCUGAGAAGCAUUCUGCUGCAGACUGCUGUGCAAGAGACUUUGCUCCUUCAACUUGUUCUUCCCAAGAGUAUAUCUCUUACUGAAUACUCCAAGGAGUACUUACUCCUAAGUAAGGAGUUCCCAAAUGGAGCAGUUACAUAUGCUGCUAAGUGCAGGAUUUCAGCACACUGCCUCCUCUUGGUUUGGCCACAUGUUGCACUGUACUCGCCAUGCUGCCAGUUACACGGCUGGAAAAGAGGAAGGUUUAGAGCAGACCAGUUACCAAACCCUGGUGAGUGAGCUGUGCAUUAGCUGGUCCUGGCAUAAGAGAGGUGAUGACUUGUGGUGGAUCAUUUCAGCACCUGCCAGAAACAAUAAGCUAUUCUGUUUCUUUUGUAGAAAGUGAGAAAAGACUCUAGCAGAGAUAAAGUGUACGCUCUGUUUGCAGCUUAACUCAUUGUGAAGCUCAACAGAAGGCCCAGACAAAUCUGACUGCCUGGGGCAGACAGAAGUAGAGCUCCUUACCUUGCUGCAGCGGAGCAGCUCUAAUUUCUUCAGAUUGAGUUUGACUUCAGAGCAACCCACAGAACUGGAAAAUACCAUUCUUUCCUGUUUUGAGAGCUGCCUUCCUCAUCCUUAUCAGCUGGUGGUUGAAAGCCACUAUAAAGAAUUCAUUGUCAGGGACAUUCCAUGCUUUCCCACUCAGACUGUUGGUCAGUGUCACCUUAGGUCUAGCCUCAACUCUUAACUCCAUCAUCUUUUCCAGAUUCUUUUAAACAUAUAAAGAGUUGGCAUUCACCUGCCCUAUAUCACCUUGGAGCUCUGCUGCAGCAGGUUGAAAAUAAACAAGAGGAAAAUAUUUCUAAAAACUAAAUGUAAAGCUGUAGGAUUUAAAACCACUGUAAUUUUAGGAGGUCCAAAGUAUAAAUUGCUUCCCAGUGGGAUUAGGCAGAUUGAUAGAGGAUUUGCCCAGUACAGACUCUUAACUGGGACAUUGUCAGUGCAGCUCAAGCCAAUUGGUUCUUCAGCAGGUGAGUCCUUGAUUGGAGGAUGUGCUGAAGAGGAACGUCCUGUUGUGUUUCUUACACUCUCUCCCCAGGUAUCUGUUCUUGGUGUGAAUAGCAACAGGAUAUUUGAGUACAUGGUCCUUUCAUUGGACUGAGUGCAGCAGUCCUUAGCUUUGCUUACCCUAAGAAGUUUUGGUUUCUUCUCCAGAAUGUGUGAGCUGUUCUGCUGGGAGGAAAAGACUAGGCCAGCAGAAAGUGGGAAAUGCUUUAGGAGUGGUGGUUGAACCUUAGUGGUCCAUUGCAAACCUGUGCAAAGUGUCUGAAAUAAUUCUGAGGGGUAUGUUAGCUCUGUUAAGUAUACCUAUAAAUAAAUUUUCCUUCUUCAUCUGGAUGCCUUGAGGUUUUUUAACUUAUUAUUGUAGGGUCUGCUGUCUGUCUGUGAAACUGGAUGGGGGAUGUAUUUGAGCAGGAGACAUUGUUCAUAUUCUGUGCAGCAGAAAAAAACCCAUGUUUAUUAUCUUGGGAGGGUUCUCAUCUGCUUUAAAUCCUUAGGACCUUCCUUUCAGAUGUCUUUGUUUCUAUUUCACUUUGUUCUUAUUUCUGUCAGCCAACCUAAAACAUGUAUUAGAUCCUGUAUUGCUCUGGAAUUGGCUUAUUCUAAAACUUUUGUCUCAUCUUGUAACUAAAAGUGAACAGAAACACCAAAGUCUCUAGGGGUGAAACUUGCUGAGCAUUUCUAAAGAUUACAUUUGCUUUAUUUUCUGUUUGUGAUUAUGGGAACAGUGCUUUAUCUGCCACCAGGAAACAGAAAACAUUACUGUGUAUUUAGAUAAAAUACGGAGACAGUGUCUUUGAAAUCCAGUUGUUGGGUAUGAUUUCCUUAAAUUCCUGCUUGUCUAAGUUUCAGAAGUUGGGUGCAGUCUCUGUCCAAGUAUGUUCUGUUUACUUCUGACCACACCAUUUUGUGAGUGGGAGCUUGGUUGUCCUUUCAGAGGGAAGGAUAUAAAAAAGUUAAACAGUUUCAUCAUCAAUGGAAUUAUAUUAGGCCUCCUCCAUAUAGAUGAGUUAUGCCCACUGUAAGCCCAAACAAACAAAAGUCUUCUCAUUCAGGGCUUAAAACAGUGCUAAAUUUAGGAUUGGAAUUACUCUAACAGGGAGGGAUAGGUUGUUGCCACAUCAUUUGAUUCUAGUGCCUUUUUUAUAAUGUCUACUUAGAGCCUGUUUGGGGACAUGAUGUUACUUCAAGUCUUAUACUGCCUUACCACUUGCAGACUCCAGCUCCUUCUCCCUUUCCCUCUUUGGGUUUGUCAACCAUUAUCUCCUUGUUGGGGUAUAAUUCAGUUUUAGACCAUAUUACUUGCCUCAUCUCGAAGUCUUGACCUUUCUGUCUUAUGAUAAUGUCAACCCUGAGGAGCUGGGCUGUAACUUUUCCUCUGAGGUUGGCAGUCUGCAUCAUUGAACCUUCCUGUUCAAGUGCACUGUUUGUGCCCUGCAAAGUCACCCUGGUCUUUUUUCCUGACUGAAUUGCAUGCUUGUGUCUAUCUUGCUGCUUGUUCUUAUGACUGCUUUUAACAUCAGAGCUUUUCCACCUUUUUUCUUGCCACUCUCCAGAACUCCUCCUAGUUCUAACUAAAGCUUUUCCAAUUGUUCCAUUUCUGAAUAAUAACCUACGUAGUUUUGGGGCUAUGCAGUAGCUGUAGUUAUACUGUAACAUUGUUUAUAUCUGUCCUCUGACAAGAUUAAUGCAUGUUGUCAUCCUGUAUCUUGUUAAGACUCACACUUCAGGCCUUGAAAGGAGUUAUUUCUACCUCUAUGUUUAAGAGAAAAAAGGUAUUUUAAAAAUUAAGAAUGUGUUAGCUCCAUAAGAACAGAUCAGGAGAAAGGACAGACCAUAUUGUUUGGAUAGAGAAGAAGGCAGGGCUGGGGAUAUUACCACAGAACAUUGGUGGGGAGCCUCCUGAAUUGGUGCUUGAGCCAUUUCUGAUACCCCAGGGUGUCAUUUAGCAUAAGCAAGUUUCUUUGCUGUGCCGUGGUGAGGUGUGUGAGGGCUGUAGAGUUCCCAAAGGCCUGUUAUAACAAACUACUUCAUCCUGCUGCUGACUUUUGUACCCUCACAAGCAGAGGUGGUUCACAUGCUGGUGUCUGGUAUCCUGGUUAUGGCCUGGCAGCAUUCCUGGGCUUUGUUUUACUCCAGCAGUGUUCAAAAGAGUGGACAGGUCAUGUUCUAUGUUAGACUGCUUUUCAUUAACUUGCAAGUCUCUCUCUCAUUUCCAGUUGCCAUCUUCUAAAUGGAUUCCAGUGAAUUUUCAGGAUCUUUGGACCCCCUGUCCUUGCCUGACAAACCACUCAUUGGUGAUCUCCCUGCUGACAUGGAGUUUGGUGAAGAUCUCCUGGGCUCCCAAACAGCUUCUACCCAGGAAGCUUCAGUUCUUCAGCCCCCUGGCUGGGAUCAAUCCAAGCAAAUGACUGCAGAUGAGGACUUGGACCUUGUAGUGAAAGCAGACAGCGUGUCUGAACUAAAUAAAUCAAAUGACCGUGUUCUAGAUAAACCUGGUGUAUUGGAUAUGCUGGAGAAACCUGGUGUCUUAGAUGAUUUGGGUAAAACUUCUGACUUGGUGGAACUAGAUAAAGCAGAAGGUCUGGAUGGGCUGUGUAAGGCACAACCUUCCCAGGACGUGGAGGGGGGGCUGGCAGACUCCUCUGCCCUGUCUAGAGAAGCUGUUGGUCCAGAAACGGGGAAAGAAGGGGAGGAUGCACCAAAACAUUGUUCUGGGGAUAUAAAGGAAGAUGGUGCUGCUGCUAUUCCUGCACUGUCUGGUGACAAUGUCUCUGAAUCAGCCCAACAACCCCUUGACUCUAGGGACCUCAGCAGUGCCCCAGCUGAGGGCACAGAAGAAACCACAGCACAGUCCUCGAGUCCGACAGUGCCCCCACCCCAACUCAGUCUUAAACAAACAAAGAAAAUGAAGUUGAAGGCACCAAGGAAAAACUCGCCUGUGCAGAGGGAAGGGCUGGCAGGGGAGGCGGAGGGAAGCCCAGACAACAGAACUGCAGCUUUGCCCCCUGAGCCUGUGGAAGAAAACCGUGCAGAGGAAAGGAAUGAUAAUGGAAAGAAUUCACAUAAAGAAAACAGUGUACUCAAAGCACAGGAAGCCUUACCACCAACAGGAGAAAGCCUGUCUGUGAAGGGAAGCGAGCUGCCAGCUGAGAAGGAGCAGAAAAGAAGCGAACGACCCAGAAGAUCAGAAACUGCCAGGCCUGAAACUGUGAACUCCUCUGAGAGCAUUCCAGUCUCUGAUGAAGACUCUGAUGCAAUGGUGGAUGAUCCCAACGAUGAGGAUUUCGUUCCUUUCCGCACGCGGCGCUCCACUCGGAUGUCCCUGCGCACUCAGAUGGCCCAGCGAGCCGCCCGCUCCACCUUCACCAAAAUGACGUGUGCCAACUGCCGGACCCCGCUGCAGAAGGGCCAGACUGCCUACCAGCGAAAAGGGCUUCCUCAGCUCUUCUGCUCCAGCUCCUGUCUCACCACCUUCUCAAAAAAACCACCUGGCAAGAAGAUAUGCACCUUCUGCAAAAAGGAGAUCUGGAACACCAAGGACUCUGUGGUUGCCCAGAUUGGUUCAGGUGGCUCUUUCCAUGAGUUCUGCACCUCUGUCUGCCUUUCCCUCUAUGAGGCCCAGCAGCAUAGACCAGCACCUCAGUCUGCAGAUGCCUCGGACACCAGCCGCUGCAGUGUUUGCCACAGACCUGGCGAGAUCCAGCAUGAGGUCAGCAAUGGGAGUGUGGUUCACCGCAUCUGCAGUGACGCCUGCUUCACCAAGUUCCGGGCCACCAAGGGGCUGAAAACGAACUGCUGUGACAACUGUGGACUUUAUAUCUACAACAAGGGCUUGCCCCUGGAGUACCUCUUCCAUGAAGGCCAGCAAAAACGCUUUUGCAACUCUGCCUGUCUCAACAGUUACAAGAAGAAGAACACUCGGGUCUACCCCUGCAUGUGGUGCAAGACGCUGUGCAAGAACUUUGACAUGCUGCCCAAUGUGGAUCGCAGUGGCAAGAUGGGCCUGUUCUGCUCCAUUUGCUGCACUACCUCCCACAAAGUGAAGCAGUCAGGCCUAGUUGGUCCCCCUAGACCCUGCAGCUUCUGCAGAAAGAGUUUAUCUGAACCCUGCUAUUACAACAAGACAGACCGGGUUGUCUACCAGUUCUGCAGCCCCAGCUGCUGGACCAAAUUCCAGCGCACCAGCCCAGAAGGUGGGAUCCACCUCAACUGCCAUUACUGUCACAACCUGUUCAGCGGGAAGCCGGAGAUCCUAGACUGGCAGGACAAGGUGUAUCAGUUUUGCUGCAAGGACUGCUGUGAGGACUUCAAGCGGCUGCGUGGGGUGGUGUCUCAGUGUGAACACUGCAAGCAGGAGAAGCUGCUGCAUGAGAAGAUCCGUUUCUCUGGAGUGGAGAAGAACUUCUGCAGCGAAGGGUGUGUGCUUCUUUACAAACAGGAUUUCACCAAGAACCUGGGCCUGUGCUGCAUCACCUGCACCUACUGUUCUCAGACCUGCCAGCGGGCGGUCACCGAGCAGCUGGAGGGCAGCACCUGGGACUUCUGUAGUGAAGACUGCAAAAGCAAAUACUUGCUCUGGUACUUCAAGGCAGCUCGGUGCCAUGCCUGCAAGCGUCAGGGGAAGCUGCUGGAAACCAUCCACUGGCGGGGGCAAAUCAAACACUUCUGCAACCAGCAAUGUCUGCUGCGAUUUUACAAUCAACAGAACCAGCCCAACCUGGACACGCAGAAGGGGCCCGAGAGCCUGCUGAACAGUCAAACUUCAGAGCCAAAACCAGCUGUCCCUUCCCCACAGAAGGCAGAGACUAACAUGCUGUCAGCAAAGGCCUCCUCAGCCCAAGCGCCUCCAGCUGUGCCGCCUCCCACCCCACCUCUGGUUCCAGCCACCCCUCGGAAAAACAAAGCUGCCAUGUGUAAACCACUGAUGCAGAACCGGGGUGUCUCCUGCAAGUUUGAAAUGAAGUCCAAAGGAUGUCAGACAGAGGCUGACUGGAAGCCCCAGCUGGUUGUGUUGCCAAUCCCCGUCCCGAUCUUCGUGCCUGUGCCUAUGCAUAUGUACUGCCAGAAAGUACCUGUGCCUUUCUCCAUGCCUGUCCCGGUGCCUGUGCCAAUGUUCCUGCCCACCACACUGGAGAGCACAGAGAAGAUUGUGGAGACCAUUGAGGAACUGAAGGUGAAGAUCCCCUCCAAUCCCCUAGAGGCUGACAUCCUGGCCAUGGCUGAGAUGAUUGCAGAGGCUGAGGAACUGGACAAAGCCUCCUCGGACCUGUGUGACCUGGUGAGUAACCAGAGUGCUGAGGGUCUCCUGGAGGACUGUGAUCUGUUUGGACCAGCCCGGGACGAUGUGUUAGCUAUGGCUGUCAAGAUGGCAAAUGUCCUCGAUGAGCCGGGCCAGGACCUGGAGGCUGACUUCCCUAAGAACCCUCUAGACAUCAACCCCAGUGUGGAUUUCCUCUUUGACUGUGGGCUGGUGGGACCAGAUGAUGUGUCCACAGAGCAAGAUCUGCCUCGAGCUGUCCGGAAGGGGCAGAAGCGCCUGGUGCUCUCUGAAAGCUGUUCCCGGGACUCAAUGAGCAGCCAGCCCAGCUGUACAGUGCUCAACUACUCGUAUGGUGUGAAUGCCUGGAAGUCCUGGGUGCAAGCCAAAUACGCAGGGGGAGAAACCAGCAAGGGAGAGGAGCUACGCUUUGGCCCCAAGCCCAUGAGGAUCAAGGAAGAUAUCUUAGCCUGCUCAGCAGCUGAGCUCAACUAUGGCCUGGCCCAGUUUGUCAAGGAGAUAACCCGGCCCAAUGGGGAGCGCUAUGAACCAGACAGCAUCUAUUACCUCUGCCUUGGAAUCCAGCAGUACCUGCUCGAGAACAAUCGUAUGGUGAAUAUAUUUACAGACCUUUACUACUUGACCUUCGUGCAGGAGCUGAACAAGUCUCUGAGUGGCUGGCAACCCACAAUCUUACCAAAUAACACAAUUUUCUCCCGUGUCGAGGAGGAGCACCUCUGGGAGUGCAAACAGCUGGGUGUUUACUCACCCUUUGUGCUUCUCAACACCCUCAUGUUCUUCAACACUAAGUUCUUCGGGCUGCAGACAGCAGAGGAGCACAUGCAGCUCUCCUUCACCAACGUGGUGCGCCAGUCCCGCAAGUGCACCACAGCCCGUGGCAUGACAAAGGUGGUGAGCAUCCGCUACUAUGCUCCAGCCAAGCAGAAGAAAAGCCGAGAUGGCGGUUCUGGAAAACGGAAACGUGAGGAGGAGGUACCAAUGCUGGAGCAGCGGGAGAACAGGAUGAAUCCCCUCCGAUGCCCAGUCAAGUUUUAUGAGUUUUAUCUCUCCAAAUGUCCCGAGAGCCUGCGGAACCGCAACGAUGUGUUCUACCUGCAGCCCGAGCGGUCGUGCAUCGCCGAGUCCCCGCUCUGGUACUCGGUGAUCCCCAUGGACCGCAGCAUGCUGGAGAGCAUGCUGAACCGCAUCCUGGCCGUCAGGGAGAUCUACGAGGAGCACAGUCGGCUCAGCAGCCUGGAGGAUGACAUGGACUAAGGGUGAUUUGUGCUGGACUGGCUGCACUCCAGCCCUGGACACCUCGUCUUGCUGCUUCCCUUUGCAGGGCAGGGGCCAUGCAGCAUAGGAGGGGAUGGUGCUACAGCAGUACUGUCCCUGCAUCAUUACCAGACGUGGACCUCCCAUCCUGCUCGUUACAGGCAUCCCCUACGUACGUGGCCCCCCGCACUCAGCUCUGUCUCCAGUUGGCUGCUGGGUGAGCCAUCUUCCCCAGGGCCCGUUCGCAUGGCACAGGAGUGGCAGAGUCCCUGAGGCAGCUCCCCUUGCCCAGCCCUGUCCCUCCCCUACCCCCAGCCCUGCCAAUACCCCUCUCUUCCUGUGCCCCAGGGCAGGAAUUGCACAAGAUGAAGUGCACCAUUGGACCAGUGGCCCCUGAAGCUUUUACUUCCCUCUUCCUUUAGCAUUCCCUCACAAGGCAGGGAGUAUCAAGGCAGGAACAGUAGCUCUGCUGCUGGGCCAGGAUUGUCUUUUCAAGCCAGUGGGCAUGGGCCACAGGCAACCUGAGGGCUGUUGGGUCACAGGGAGAACUUAUGUCCCAGUUUAGGAAAGAUUUGGGUUGGUUGUAGGGAGUGGAUGGAGCUCACACUGGAAUUUGUGAGCAGAGAUCUGACCUUGCCACAGGGACACCUCAGCUGCAGCGAGAUGCCUCCCUCUCUUUGGUCAAUGUUUUCUGAGUGGUGAAAACUGAUGGAGAUGGGUCUGUGCUAGUGCUGCACCUCUCACCCCACUGUGCCCUGUCAUGGUGUAAGGACCCUCCCCUGUGAAAGGUGGCAUCAGUGGGAACCUCUGCUCCAGCCAGGGGCCCAGGCAUUUCCUGGCAGAAGCAGGGAGCCCUGCCUGGCCUCCCCCUCCCUCCCACAGCCACAGGCUGCCAGCACCCUACCCAGGGCAAGUCUGGCUCCAGCUGUGCCACUCUGUGCUGCCCCCUGCCCCUUCUUGUGUUCUGGUCAGUUUUCUUGAGCUGUACAUGGGUCUCCUGUUGAGCCUGUAUAUAUUGUUCUGGGCCCUGGCCUGGGGCCAUCUGUUCUGUGUCCAUGUGGAGAGUGAGCUGCUCACCAGUCUUGUUGUAGUGAUGCCAGGGCGGUAGGACUAACCCUGUGUCUCUGGAAACCAUUCAUUUCAAAUAAAGAUGUGGAAAACUUUGGCA